AUCGCAUUACUUUAGAACUCGAGGCUCUGAAAAAAAAAACGAGAGGGAGGGGGAAGAGUGAGUAGAUGAUGCUAAGGACUCGAGUGCUAUGGUUCGGCGUAGGGUUUUCUGUGGUAGGAGCUGCGAUUUCCCAAUUGAUUUGGAGAGAUUUGUUGACCGAUCGACACGCUCUCUUUUCCGAUACGAAGCAGAAAUUUGAUGCUUUGGAAGCCAGAGUGUUGAACCUCGAGCCAACUAUCCCUUAUCCGAAAUCGGAUUCCGGUCAGAUUUCCAGCAAAUAACGUGGGCUCUGAUUCAUGUUCUGCUCCUUAGCCCAACAUCUUGGGACCUUGACAUUGUCAACUUUUGCAAUCAAUUUCAGAGUUAAUCAUAAUGUCACUUUGAGAACUGUGUAAGAUGUUUCUAUCCAAGGUAUGGUGUCAAGAAACCUUAGAUGUGAUUCUCAUGUUAAUCUAUCCGUUCUCCUCACUGUUCUUUAGAGUUUUCCAGGAAUUUUCUCAUCACAUGCUAUUCAAGACUGAUUUGAAUUUGUACAUUUUAUUUCCCUAAAACCCAAGUAUCAUUUUGUUCUAAUCAACCAUUUCCAUCUCUCUUUAAAUCGCUAACAUUUUUAGUUACCCCAUUUAGGUCCAUACCUAAAUGAAAUAUACCUAAACAAAAUACGUGCACAAGUUUAGAUGUGCAUUCCUCUUCAUCCAAAGACCGUAAAUUUGCUGCGGUCAUUUAAAUCUGGCUAGAUCAUGCACCGCCACCGUGUGCUUGACUGCACCCAAAGAACACCUGAAACAAAAACUCAGCUGCUCAUGCUUGCGACCUGUCCAUGCACAUAAUCCAAAGAAUCAGCAUACCCAGUAUCCAAAACCGCCAAUUCACGACCACCCCUAAGCCACCAAGCAAGUCCUUCAACAACUCUAGAAGAAUCCAAUUGGUAUUAAAUCUGCUUACCUGUGAAUGGCUAGUAUUUCAUCGAGAUUCAUAACGCCCUGGCAACGUUGUCUGAUCUGGUGCCAAAGGCAUUCUAUAAUCUAUUCUUGUGGACUCAGUACCAGGGGAACCCUUAUACUUGUCAGUUGGUAGUUAAACUAGGUUUUACAUGAUUCGGAGAUGUGAAAUUGAUCAAUGU